UGGUAAAGAUGAAAGUGUUGAUAAGCAACUAGUGACCUCAUCCUCCUCAUCCAGUCUGUCUCUCGGAUACUUUCUUAAAUAUCCAAAACAACUUCACCAUCAAUCUAUCAUUCUCUUUACAACAAAUCUACACAAACAAAUAAAAUAGAAAUAUAGUUGUAGAAUUCCACAACUAAUAUGACUAUCAUUAACUACACCCCUCUGUUCUUCCUCUGCUUCAUAACCCCCCUUGCACUUAGCAAUGUUGAAAUACAUUCAGCAGGCCCUUCAACACAGAUUUUGCAUUCUUUCAAUGAAGACAGAAACGGCUCUAUAACACUGUCAGUGAAAGCAGAACAUGCACACUCUACUUCCACUAAAUUUUCAUGGCAUGGUUCUUGCACAAACAAAGACAUAAGCAUUUCACAAAGUAGAGAGACUCUAACUGGAAUCCCUAAGUAUGUAGUGCAAAUUGUCAAUACUUGUGUUUCUUCUGAGUGUGCUCCAUAUAAUAUUCACCUUCACUGUGGCUGGUUUGCUUCUGCAAGAAUAAUCAACCCUAAAUUGUUCAAGAGACUAUCUUUUGAUGAUUGUUUGGUGAAUGGAGGAAAACCUUUAACCUCUAGUCAAAUCAUUAGAUUCACUUAUACCAAUUCUUUUGUUUAUCCUCUUGCACUCAAGUCUGCCAAAUUUUGCUGACUCCGAAAAAUAGUCCCGAUAGAUUUUCUUGCAAAAAACUAAGAACAAAAAUGAAUUCAUAACACAGGAGUAUUCUGCAAGAAACUUCAAGCAAAAAAGGCGUUCAUUUCACUGUUCUUGGUUGGAAAAUGUGGUCGCAUGUUAGCAUUCCGGAGUUCACAAACUAUGUAGCAUCGACACUUCAGAUUGAAGGAAUGCCUAGUGUCUAAUGUGUUAGUGUUGUAUAUGUUUUCCCUGUCAAUGCUUCAUAGCUCACAACAUGAGAACAAAGUUUGAAGAAUCCAUCAAAUUUGUAAACCAUCAAUAAAUUUAGGUCAAUUAUGGAAGUUCCAUUUUUAGGCUAUGUGGUUGAGGCCACAAAUUCUCUUAAGAUGAAAUGAUGCAUGGAAUGACCAAGUGUUACAUUUGUCUCAUUUUAUCAAAAUAGAAUGGAAAAAAGGUGAAAAAAGAAAAAGAAAAUCGUCCUUUUUGAAGGCUGACACGGAUGGAUUACUUUGAAUUGGACAUUAAUUUUACAUCUCUUACAUUUUCUCUUUUUGCUCC